UGUCUCACAAAAACAUAAGAUUUCAGACACAGCUUUACAGCAGCUGAAUGCACAGGCAACACAUUUUGGAGCAGAAUAACUAAAUAUAGCCUCUGUGUUUAUGAGUCUUUAUUAAUUCUCUGAUCAGAAACAGAGAGGGCAGUGCAGACUCCUCCCUGUGAACUUUGGAAAGUGUUCUUCAGUUUUUUAUUCUGUCAAGCACCUGCCGUGUCAGAUGUUCCUUCCUCCUCAUUAUCUCAACCAGAGACACAGCAGAAGUGAAUGCACGACAUGCUUGACACCUGUAUAUUCCUGCUUCUCCUAGUUCCAGGGUUAUGGACUUUCAUGAUCCAUAAUAUGGAGUAUGGCCUGUGUCUGGAGGACUCGGAUGACACAGGUCAAGUCCUCUUGAAAAAGUGUAACCUGGACUCACAGGCUCAACAGUGGGUCUGGAUGAAUCGGGAUAUGCUUAUGUGUGUUGCAACAUCCAGAUGUCUGUCGGCUCAACAGAACUAUCCAGUCCAAACUCAGUCUUGCCAGGAGCCAGACGUGAAUGCUGCAGAACUGAUGUGGGACUGUACCAGUAACAAACUCUCCAGCAGAAAUACGUCCUUAUUGCUGUCAUCCAAUGGCCAGCAUGUGAUUCUUACAAAGCACCUCAAACAUUUUGAGUGGAAGUCUCUUGAUGAGGGGGACAUCUGUCAGACGAAACUCAGACUCAGGAGAGCAUCUGAGAACCAGGACCAGUUUGAGGAUCCAGAAGAGUCAGCAGGUGAGGUGAAAGGCAUGACAGACGAGCAGAGAGAGUAUUUUCGCUGGUUGUACCGCACUGAGGACCCAACUAUUUGGACUUUCGUGAUACUAGGACUGGCGUUUCUCUGUUUGCUCAUUGGGUUUUUGCUGCUUGGAAUGGGAGCCAUGGCCAACAAAAGUAGAAAGAAGAUAGCUAAAUACAAAGCAGCUGCAUCCCUUGUUAAGAAGCAUGAAGAGGAAGAGCUUCAAGUCAUAUCUGAUCAUCGGGAUAACGGCACAUCUCCACUGCCCCAUGGUCCCACAUCAUCUCUGUCGGAUGGGGACAUUGUGGUCACAUGGAAAGAUGGCAACACCUCCUGUCUGUAUUCAGAUCAUGUUGUGGAGGAGAGACAGGAGGACGAACUGGAGAAGGAACAGGAGGAGAAACGGGAGGAAGUGUGGCAGGAAAGAGAAGUUCAUGACGAAGGGAGGAAGGCAGAGUGAAUAACACUGACCUGUUGCACAGCUUUUAAAGCUUGUUUUGAUUUAGUUUUAAUGAACUGUAAAGAUCUAAUGAUUUGAGGUUUUUUUUAAAGAACCCUGUGAAUACUCAGAGCCUUUUGAUGUGAGGUGUUCAUAAACCUUGAACCUUAACCUUAUCUUUCUUUCAUGUGUAAUGCUGACCCCAUUUAGACUAUUGUUCUGAUCUCACCUUAAAUCACUUCAGGUCUUAAUGCAGCCAAUGUGGCAUUUGCAAACCCCUAAUGCCAGUUGAUGCGCAUUUAACACAUAACAAGGAUCAUAUUGAAAACAUUUUGGUGCCAUGUUGUGCACAUAGUCAGUGAAAUUAUCCCUAAUUUUGUGAAUUUGCAUCCUAUAUACCUAAACUUAUAUCCAUUGUAUGCGCUUUAUUUCAAAUUAAUUUACAAUCUGCUUGACAGUAAAACCAUGUCAUUUUUUAUACCAUUUUUAUGAAAUUCAGGCACUAAGGGGUUAAAGUCUUCAUUCAGGAUAUAUCUGUCUGAAAUGUAAUGCAUCAUUAAAUCGACUUACCACA